AUGGGUUUCACAGUCACUAUUGCAAUCGAUAAGAGACUGUAUAGGCUAUGCAGGACGUCUUUUUCACCCAAUGGACCCGUGUCUGAAGAAGCCAUUUCAAAAGUUUGCGAGAAGUUAGAAAAAAUGAAGCCUUCCGAUGUAGGUCUUGAGCAGGAGGCACAAGUGGUUCGUAAUUGGAACGGUCAAAUGCCCGAGACCAAUGGGAACCAUCAACCACCGCCAAUCAAAUACUUACAUUUGCAUGAAUGUGACAGCUUCUCUAUUGGAAUUUUUUGCAUGCCCCCUUCAUCUGUCAUUCCUCUCCACAAUCAUCCUGGAAUGACGGUCCUAAGCAAGCUCAUAUAUGGUACAGUGCAUGUUAAAUCCUAUGACUGGAUUGAUUUCCCUGGCCCAAAUGAUCCAACUGAAGCUAGAGCUGCAAAGCUUGUGAAAGAUAAAGACAUGACAGCACCGACUUCAACAACAGUUCUUUAUCCUACCGUUGGCGGAAACAUUCAUUGUUUUAAGGCCAUUACUCCUUGUGCAAUCUUUGACAUAUUAUCUCCGCCAUAUUCUCCAGAACACGAAAGACACUGCAGUUACUUCCAACAAUCCCAAAGGAAAGAUCUUCCAGGUAAUGUUGAGGUGGAUGGAGUUACAUUUUCUGAUGUCACUUGGCUAGAAGAAUUUCAACCGUCGGAUGAGUUUGCAAUAAGAAGAGGACUGUACAAGGGUCCAGUUAUUAGAACAUAUUAA